CUCUUAUCAUUACACACACACACACAGAGAGAGACUGGUAUCGAUAGGCCUGUGGAAUCUGAAGUGGUUUAGCCGGUUACAGCAUCACGGUCGCAAAACGUGACACGGGAGCUAUCCAUUAGGAACGUGUCAAAGACCAUCCCCAUAAUCUUCCCAACCUCAUCUUCUUAUUAUCUCUCUCUCUCUCUCUCUCCUCUCUAUCUAUCAGUUAUCGCUCCGUCGACAAGCCCAAUAAGAAAGAGCCAUGGCUUCCCAACUUUCCGGCUAGCCUUUACGUGUUCACCAUCAUCGCCCUCGUGAAGGAUCAUCAAAAGAAACAGAGCAAGAGCUGUAGCAGAUACCAGAGAUGUCCCUUCUGCUCACAAGCAUGGAGGUACUCAACGGCCCAACUGUUGGCUUAAAGGAGACACAAGUCAGUAUUCCGGUCUUCAGCCAUGGAGAUUACGAAGAAACCAGAUUGGAAAUUGAACACGAGCGAAAAACAGAGGAUUUCGUUUUGUUGGGGAUGAAAAGCUUGAAUACUUUCACCUUUGUGAAGGAGGAGGAGGAGCCUGAAAAGCAGGAGGCUGAGGAUUCAUCAGAGAGCUCCUCGAUUGGCGUUCAGUCUUCUUCUUCGGAAGAGGAGGAUGAUGAUGAUGAUGAAGAAAGGGGAAAUGAAGUCCAGAGCAAGCUGAAAGAAGAAGGGGCUUUUACUUCCCUGGAUUCAUUGGAUGAUUCUCUUCCAAUAAAGAGAGGAUUGUCGAAUUUCUUCACAGGGAAAUCUAAAUCAUUCGCCAGCCUCUCUGAUGCUUCUGCUGGUUGUGCAAAGGAUCUGAGGAAGCAAGAGCACCCCUUUAACAAGCGGAGAAGAAUUCUAAUGGCGAACAAGAUUUCUCGAAGCCGAAGAGCUUCCUACAGCUCACUCAUCACCUUUGUACCCUCCCUCCUCUCCCCGGAUCAUGCUCUCAAAGAGGGAGAGGAGGAAGAAGAUGAUAGGGGAGAAGAAAACUCCUCCAUAGCUCCUCUCCCCAAACCCUUCAGCCAUGGAUUAAGCAAGGCUUCCAAGCCACCUAGAUCAUUCUCUUUAUCUGAUCUUCAACAUGUUUAGCUUCGUUUUUCAUGGAAUUCAAAUAUAUCAAGUCUUUGAUUUUCUCUC